AUUGUCUCCUUUUGUUUUAAUAAGUUCAUGUUUUUCGCUUCUCGAAUUUCUUGUGCUUCUGAAUCAACCCUUUGACUCCGGCCUUGUGUUCAAUUGGGUUUUGUUGUAAGCUCUUGGUGCUCAAUUUGGCGGUCAUUUGGGGGGCUUAGCUGGUGAUCUGGGUUGUUUUCCCUGUCGUUGAUGCCGCACUUGCUGAGCCUGACCACUUUAUCGGCAAGUUAAGAAACCUUGCAAGGGCUUGUAAGGAUUUGAGUCACUUUCUAAUCGUUGCCUCAAUUUGGUCAGUUAAAAAUGGAGAAUAAUGGGUCAAGACACAGGAGGAAUUCUCUGACGCCGGUGAAGCAAAGGAGGAGUGGAUAUGAGCCAUCUGAUGCCGAGACAGACAUCCUAGAUAGCCCGUGGCACGGCGGAAACAAAUGGCCUAAUGGAGGAUAUGAAUCUGGAGGGGCAAAACCAGAGUUGGAUUUGGGAAGAAAGAUCAGCCCUUUGAGGCAGAGCAGGAGACAUUCUUCCAGGAUUGAAUACGACGGCCCUACUCCAAGAACUACCUCAGUGGUAAGCCCAGUUCGAAAAAGAACCAACAGCAAGUCGCCCUACAAGCCUGGAAGAGGUGACAGCAAUGCUCGAACUUUGCCAAUGGCGGGUUCUGAUAUUCGUAGGAACAUCAGCCCCUUGGGAAAAUCCGAGCGCAGCAGACAUGUUUCACCUUUUCAAGCAGACCAAGAAGAGCGCGAUUUGAACAACGAUGGUGAUGAGAUUGUAGACUCAAACAGAAACCAACAUCAUAAAAGAACGAACAGCAGAAGAUCAGCAGCUGCUCUGCGGCAUAGAUCACUGAGAGAAACUGACCAGCAAAGCAAUCGUUCAAUCACGCCUACAAAAGGGGAGAGAACACCCUCACCAUUGUCCAAAAGCAUGGCUCACCAGAAGCCAGGGCAAGUGAGCACACCAUCCGUCAGCGAAAUCAAUGAACUGCUUGCUCAUGCAAAGCUUGCUAGAACUUCUCCAGAUCCCAUUUUGAAUAACAAAGCUGCUCCGAUUUACGAAACCUCAGUUUCUAUUGCACCAGGUGACAUCUUUUUCUCUGGAGAAUGCAAUGUCGUGGCAUUGCCUCAAAAUCACUUACAAAAACCGAAAAUGGUCUCCUCUGCCGCCUCACAACAGAGAAGUACUACUCGAUCAAAUGGCAACUUUGGUCACGAUGUCAAUGUCCGCGGACUUUCAUCUUCGUAUGGUUUGUCACAGACAACCACAACCACUUCCAGCUCUGCGGUGAGCAGGCAGAGCAGCGGGAGGCUGAGCAUGGCUAGCAGCAUGAGGAGUGAUGCAAGCAGGACAACAACCGCCAGCAUGAGGAAGUUCACGGAUAAUAGGAGGAAGAGCGAAAGUCAGGCAUGGUUUUCGUGUAUGAGAAAGAGUUCUUGCAAGAACAAAAAAUUAUCACCUGAGCGUAGCACGUUCAAUGAGGCUGCAUUCAUCGAGAAGGCGUUCGUGGAAGAGAGUCUCAGGCAGUUGUGGGCUGAUAAGCAUAGACCUACUUCGUUGAAUGGAUUCACUUGCCACAAGCAAGAAGCUCAAGUUCUCAAGCAACUUGUGAUUGAUAACGUCAGUCCACAUAUUUUGCUUACCGGACCAACUGGUUCUGGGAAGAAAGCUCUAACAAUGGCGUAUCUACGAGAAGUUUACGGUGAUGCAAGUUGGGAAGAACAAAGGACAAUGCAACUGGUGGUUCCAUUGACAUCCAGCCCUCACCAUGUGGAGCUCAAUGUACAGUUGGAACCAAAUGCCAGAUAUGCCCUAAUGGGUUUGGUCAGAGAAAUAAACAAUGACAAUGAACUUGCUCCUGAAGUCAGCUCUAUAAAUUUCAAGGCAAAUCAUAAAGUGAUGGUUCUUUAUGGUGUCGACAAAGCAGAGCACAUUCAGCACUUGAUCAAAUGGAUCAUGGACUGUUACUCGGAUGCGUGUAAGCUCAUACUUUGCUGCGAAAAUGACUCCGGUGUCAUUGAAUCGGUGAAAAACCGGUGCAAAGUCAUCAAGGUUGAUGCUCCUGUGACUCAUGAAAUCAUGGAAGUUCUUAUUCAGAUAGCCAGGAAAGAGGAAUUUGACCUACCUAUGAGCCUUGCCAAUAAGAUUGCAAAUAAAUCAAAGCAGAAUCUGAGAAAAGCGAUCAUGGGUCUUGAAGCAUGCAAAGCACAUAACUAUCCUUUUGGAGAAGAACAACCAAUUCCACUUGGAUGGGAAGAGGUGGUGCAAGAACUUGCUUCCGAAAUCCUAGCUGAUCCGUCACCUAAGAGACUAUUUUUCAUCCGGGGAAAGUUUCAAAAGCUUCUUAUUGAUUUUGUACAUCCGAAACUGAUUCUACUGAAGCUUGUGGAACAGUUCCUAAAGGGAGUGGAUGCUAGUUCUAAGAGGGAACUCUAUUACUGGCAUGCUUAUUAUGAGAAAAGACUCCCAGCAGGAGCGAGUGCGUUACUGAAACUAGAAGAAUUUGUGGCCAAGUUCAUGAGCAUAUGCCGGAAGAGUUCCAACAACCGGCAGCACGUGUAGUUUAUAUACUCUCGUCGAGAGUUGAUCGUUUCUUUCCGUCUAUGUAUAGGUUUUUAUCAAGAUUGUGUCACGGCAGUCUAAUACUCGGAAAAAAAGAGAAUGAGACAGAGACGGACAGCCCUGAAGCUUUUUUCCUAGGGUCAAGAUGAUCACAAAGAUUUAGAUAUAGCACAAAGGCAUGCAUUCUCUUUGUUUACACGAAAAAUAAAAUAAAACAAGCUUACACAUUCUUGGUUCGGUCUUUACGUAUUUCUUUUAACAUGAACACGAAAAACAUGUGAACAAUAUUUUAGUAUGAAAGAAUGUAAACACACACAUCUGAACAUGGAACAUCUUCUCAUGCUUUACAUGCAACGAAUACACUGGGUUCAUGCCCCCGACACGACAUGUUCAUGCAACACACAGACAAUAUAACAUAGACUGCUGUUAGCUGUGUCUUCAACAAUGUAUAUUUUAAUCUGCUAGGCAAUGUUUAACGAAAAACGAAUGCAACUUGAACUUUGAUUAGGCUAUGGAAGUUUAACUAUUAGGGCAUCCUGACAAUACCUGUCAUCCGCUUCUAAACUAGAGAGGCUAGCACAUGUUCAAAUAUACUGAGGGAACAUUACCUUCAAAACAAACUUAAGAUCCCAAAUUUAUCGUUUUGCUUUCACUCAAGGUUCUACAAAUCGGCAGCAUUUCAUUU